AACGGAUAUACACAACUAUAACACUGCCUAAAGGUCACAUUAUAGAUCAUACUAGCAGUGCGUCACAGCUGCUCUACUAUAGCUCCCGAGCAACCUGUGCAUGGCCAACUCUAAGAUUUUAGGUGUAUGACGGCUGCUGCUGGUGCCGUUUUCCCAGUCUUAUUCCAGCAUAAGCCUUGUGCAGCACGGUAUCUCAUUCUGUGUACGGAGGGUGUUGGCAAUGUCUCUAAAGCUUGAAAAUUGUGACGUGCUGGAAAUCCAUCAGCAACAACGAAAGAGAAGAGUCUCAUUCCACCUUCCUGCUAUGGUGGCCGAUACACCCCACCGAGAGCCAUUAAUUCAAAUCUCUCCCAUGCCUGACAACACCUUACUGGUAGUUGGCCAAGAUGGACUCAUCUCUGUUUGGAAUCCUGAUCUUAAACUGAAGAAAAAUAGAUUCAUACUGGAUGAGAACAAGCAACAGAACAGAAAGAUGAAAUGGGUUGCUGACUGCACACUUAUGCCUCAAUAUAAUAAGCUGAUAAUUGGAACAUGCGACAGAGAACUCCGUUUUUAUGAACUUUCUAACUUUGAACCCUACUGCCAAAUAAUUGGUCUUGAAACUCUACCCUUGCACUUGGGAUGCAGUACAAGAGAUACUGAUGAGUGUGUCGUAUAUUUUGGUGAUGAACAAGGGUGCAUCAAUAUCAUCUUUAUUUCACGUGUGGCAGAAACUAUAAGGAACUGGACCAAGUGUCAGAUUGUUGAUGACAUUCCAAGUGUCUCUAUGGACAUUAUCGAGAGUGUAGGUCAUGUUAAAUACAUUCGAUGGAAAGUUCAUAACGACUGGGUUACACAGAUCAGAUAUGUUCACACAAUUGAUUCUAUUAUCUCAAGCUCCAAUGAUGAUUACACUGCUCUUGUAAUAGGAUGUGUAGAGGGUACUAAAAACAUGCAGAAAAGACUGAAAGAUCUCAUGGAUUCUAGCAGUACAAGAAGUAAACGUUCCAUGCUGUCGGGGAAUGUUCCUCCCAAAAGAAAUAUCAGCGACGAAUCUUUAUUUAAAGUUAAAAGAGGUGUAAAGGCAUUUGAUUUCUGCAAAGAAGGCAACAUUCUUGUGACAGGAGGGCUAGAUAGGAUUGUUCGUAUCUGGAAUCCAUAUGUGCCUGGGUGGCCCACUGGCUUGCUGCGUGGACAUUCUUCACCUAUUACAUUUCUACAAAUUGCUGAUGAAAAUUCAAAGAUCUACUCAGUGUCUACAGACUGCACUGUGAUGGUCUGGGACAUUGAAGAACAUACCUGCCUGAUCAAUGUGAUAUCCAAAGCAAGUCAGAUCAGAGGGGAAAUUGCCACAUGCUUCUUCUCACCACAUUUCCGAGCGCUUUACAUUGCAACGGAUUCAUUUUCUAUGUUACAGCUUCAAGACAAUGUAACACAUGCUGAUCUCCCAUCUGUUUCCCACAAAGAGCCAGUCACCUGCUGCCAGUAUAACCAGUACUUAGAACAAGUUGUCAGCUGCUCAGAGGGAUCGGUAAUAAAGAUUUGGGACCUACUCACAGGAAAGCUUGUUUCAGAAGUCAGAGGAGCUCAUGGUAGCUCUGCAAUCAACUGCCUGGCCUUGGACAAUACUGGUAACAGGAUGUUCUCAGGUGCCAAGGAUGGCAGUUUGAAGGAAUGGGACUUGAACUCAACUUCUAUAAGUUGCUUGAAGACCCUCAAGGAAGCUGUGCCAGACAGUUCAACAGAGAGACAGUAUGACUGCACUUAUGCCUGGCUUCAUAAUAACCGGUUUAUGAUCUCUGUUGGCUGUGACAAACACAUCACCAUUUAUCCAGAUCAACAAGAUUCAGCAGUACUGGAGAAUCAAUAUCUAAAUUCCACCUGGAUCGGCGAACUGAGAAACAGACAUAAAGAUGAAAUUCUCUGUGUUGCUUCAUUUCCCCCAAACCUUGUGGCCUCCUCCAGUUCUGGUGGUGAAAUCUUUAUCUGGAAUGUAAUAUCUGGCACUGUGAUCUGCAGUAUUAACGCUCCUAAGCACGAAGGACUGAGUACUGAAACAGGAUCUUCAGACGAUUUAAUCAUCAAAAGACUAAUAUUUCUGAAUUCACGUGAUUGGAAGAAUGAAUGUGCUGUUCUGGUAGCCAGUGGACCAAAGGGACUAAUAACUUUUUGGCACAUAUCUGACGGAGGCAAAGUCUUUGGAAGCUUUCCAGGUUCACAUUAUGAAGCUGCAGUGAGAGACAUGGCUAUCAGUGAAGAUGACUCCACUCUGUGUGCCGCUGACCAGCUGUUUUAUGUUUAUAUCUGGAAUAUAUCCCAGUAUGCACUACAUGGACCUGAAGCACAACCACCACCUUUGAUUCACUGCUGGAGAGCACACUCAUAUGACAUCACUAGAGUGGUUCCAGUGGUUAAACACAAGCUGGUGGUCACUUCAUCGGUGGAUUGCACUGUGAGACUUUGGUCUAUGAAGGGGGAACCUAUUGGUACAUUUGGUCAGAGUGAACUCUGGGAUGCAAAGAAAAGAGAAUCAUGGAAAGACCAACAGAGUGACAGUAGGGUGAAUAAAGAUGAGAGUCCAUCAGCAUGCGACUGCGGAGCCCCACACAAACCCAGCUCUGAGGAAGAAAACAUUAAGAGUGACAGACCCGAGUUUGUAGGUAUUUCCGUCCCAAUGGAUGACAAGGACAUUGCUGAAGAACUAUAUCUCAGAAAUAGAUCACAUUCGGCCCAGAGGGUAAAAAUGUUGGGGCCCAAACAAGUGGAGCUGCAUCAGACAUGUGGGAAACUGAAUGCUUAUCAAUCCCUGCAGAUCUGUGACUUAAUGUCUGUGACAACAAAUGUCAGGAGACCAAACCCAGCUGAAGAACUCAAUGACCUGUAUGACCUUGCUUUUUAACCCCGACAUUCCAGGUUGAACAAGUAGCGCCAGUGAAAUGCACUCCAUUACUGUGGCACCUGGAAUCAGAAUGUGUGUAGCCUACUUUGUUUAAUUGCUGCUCAUCCAAAUCAACAUUCUGCUCAAAAAACAGAGAUAUUGUGUAUAUAAUUUGUGUAUUUUACAUAUACCUGAUACACAGCAUAGAAAUUCACUGUCUCUUCUAAGACGAUAAUGUAGCCCCUGCACAGACCCAAAUCUUAGAUCUCAUAACUGCCAGAGUUGUUUGCAAAGUAAUAAACCUACUUACUGUAUA